AUGCCGCCAGCACACCAGACCGCAACAACUACAAAGGCAGCUCAGCCGAAGAAAUCUAUGGAUAAUUUAAAUACCCUGUGCAAACAAGGCCGUCACACCAAUGUCAGUAUCAAGUCUGCUCUGGAGCCGGUAUCUUUGAACCGCUCUUCAAAGGUAACAGCCACGGCCAAGUUCAAGGUUUUCAAGGCGAAGAGAGAAUCAGUCAAUCCGAGACAGCUGGAGAAAAUAUCACGGCCGGCUGCAUCUACAACUACUACAUACCAAGGCAGCCAGAAGAAACAACAGCAAGCACAACAGCAGGAACUGGAGGCUGCCAUUCCACGCUCGCCUUCCCCUGGUUGCGGAGCCUUGCCGGAUUGCUGGAGUUGCGGCACAGAGUUGGGCGACUGCCCCCCAUGCAGCUGCGAGGAGUGCGGCAUGCCCAAUUAA